AUGAAAGGCGGAGGAGGCAAAUGUGGAAACAUGGAGAAAAUCAAGCCGAUAUUAGCGAUAAUAUCGUUGCAAUUUGGGUAUGCAGGCAUGUACAUCAUCACCAUGGUCUCAUUCAAGCAUGGCAUGGACCAUUGGGUCCUUGCCACAUACCGUCACAUCGUCGCCACGGUUGUCAUGGCUGAUCUCUGGUUUUCAAAGUUGAAACGGUAUGCUGUGCAAAUGGAUGGAACAUUAGUCUUUAUAGCACCAUUGAACCGAGCCAGCGAGCCUUUUCCUCUGGGCUGA